AUGUGGGACGGCCUGGAGAAAGUUUCCAGCGUCGCGCAGCUCACCGGCGUCGACGCCUUCGUGCUGAUCACGACGAUCGUCCGGGUGGCGGCCACGGCGAGGCGGAACAGGAAGACCUGCCGGGAGCUGGCGGAGCAGGUGGAGCGAAUCGGCGACCUGCUGCGGAGCCUUGAGGAGCAGCCAGGUAUGGGCAUCAUGCGGCGGCCGGAGACGAGCGCCCCGCUCAUGGAGCUGCACGGGACGCUCCGGCGGGCGUGCGCCGUCGUCGAGUCGUGCAGGCGCGGCGGCUACGUCCGCGGGCUCUUCACCGGCGGGUCUCGGGCGGCGAGGCUCCGCGACGUGCAGAGCAGGAUCGCCUUCUUCCUGCAGCUGUUCCCCAUCAUCAGCCACCUCGACAGCACCCGCCUCCUCGUGCAAGUUAUGGACAGCGCCGCCGCUCGUGCGCCGAGCUCCGGCGAGGGUGCUGCAGAGGAUGUUGUGAGGCCCCUUGCCAACAGCCAAGAUCCUCAGGACGAUGACAGGGUACAGAAUUUAAGUAUUUCUCAGUUGAUGAAUGCAACAAAUGCCUUCUCGUUUGAAAACCAAAUGGAACAAGGCUCCUUAGCCACUUUGUACAAGGGUCAACUAAAUGGCAAUGAUGUCACCAUAAAAAGGCUUUCAAUUUCCAUUGAGGGGCAACAGUUACCACCAAUGCGUAUGAGAGCAGGGUUUAUAGUUGACUGGCCUACACGCUUUCGCAUAAUCGAAGGGAUAGCACAGGGUGCAGCUUAUCUGCACAAUCAUUCCAGGCUGCGAGUUAUUCACAGAGAUUUGAAGCCAAGCAACAUUCUCCUAGAUUCAGAUAUGAAUCCGAAUAUAUCCAAUUUUGACGUGGCCAAAGUUUUAUGUCCAGGAAUGAUUCAGGAUACCGCGGCCUGUGUUGUGGGCUCAGUUGGAUUUAUUGCUCCAGAGUAUAUGAAACAAGGUACCUUCUCGGUAAAGACCGACGUGUAUAGCUUCGGCGUCAUGGUACUUGAAAUUAUAAGUGGGAAAAGAUGGACUAGGUCACUUCAAGAAACUUAUUACCGAGAUCUACUCACAUGGGCCUUUAAUAGGACACCGUACAGAGCCAAACUGGUGCAGAGGCUGAAGGGUUUUGUGCCUGAAUCACUACACGGCAUCUCUUUCUGCAGCAGGGCUGUGCCCAAGUGCCUCUCCCUUCCGACGAGGCGGAGGGUGCUGUCACAGCAGAGGGAGAUGAGGAGAUGUGUUCAGGUGGCCCUGAUGUGCAUCCAAGAGAAGCCCGAGCGCCGGCCGGACAUGCUGGAAGUCACGCGAAUGAUGAGACCUCGGAAAUCUACGGUGCCAUUCCCACGACGACCUGGCUAUGCCAUGGAGAGCCCGAUGUACGCCGGUGAUAGAGGAGCUAGCAUGACCCCUUGAGAUAGGUUGCUCCAUGCAUGCUUAUCUAUAGUUUUGGUACUUCUAUGAUUGCAUUAGCCAAGUUGCAUGAACUAGUGAACUACAUAGAAUAGAGAAGAGCAGUUGGGUCCAAAAAAGAAAGAA